UGUUCUGGGGUGGGAUGUUCUAGAGCAGUGACUGGGCUAAACAGCUUGGCAGAAGGGAUGUUUGGAGUGAAUUACUUCCCCCGGGCUCUGGAGGAGUUUUGCUGGCCAGUUGUUAAGCAGAGCAAAAACUGCAAAAUCAGAUCCGUUCAGUGGAAGGAGAUGGAGCAAGAUUCUGGCUCCGGACAGAACCCCAGGCCAGGAAGCCGAGUCUCGGGUUGGAUUCAGGUUUGCCGUGUGACCUUGGACGAGUCCCUUCAGCACUUUAGGUCUUAGGUUUUGCUCUGGAAAUUGAGAAAGCUUGGAAAGAACUCCCUGGAUUUCAACACACUCCUCUCUCUGCGGGCUGCACUCCCGCCCACUGGCUGUGUGCUGUGAACCAAGUAACGCAUGCAAAAUAACAGUACACUGCAGCGCAAGUGUGGAGCCCAGCGGGCCUGACUCGCUCCUCACUGUCCGCCGCCGCCGCCGGAAUCCCGCAGGCUCAGAAACUGAAAGGCGCUCUCAUUUCCUUUGGCUCCUGAUUGGAGAGCCUCUCUCAAUGGAAGGUUAUAGGUGCCUGGAGACAGCUCUGGCUGGAGUGAAUGGUUGAAGAAAUGGCCACACAGUUGAGACAAUGAGACAUAUUAUAGAAACAGUUUUUUAAAAAAUGUGAGCGACUUAAAAAAUCAAAAACGCUUGUCUUAAGCGGAGCCCCUAAAUAGGUCUGUGAUGUAGAGAGCAUUUAGAAGCCUCUUUGCUCUGCAGAUAAAAAAACUACAGCCCAGUGACGGAAGUAACCACUUCAAGGUCACAAAGCAAGGGUGGCUGAGGCAAACACAAGAUGCAUGUCUGAGUAGGAAAGAGUUGUCCAAAGUGGGAGGUGUCCUCCACCCUCAUAGCAGGGUCCUCUGAGAGAGAAAAGCAGGGGGUGAAGCUUCCAUGGGGAGCUCCUGAGAGCCAGGUGACUGACAAGGCUGUCGUGGUCCCUGGCUCCUGAGCAUUUGGUGGCUGACCAUUGAGUCUUAACUGAACUGCGUUUGCUAAACAACGGGCAAGAUGCUGGGCUCAGUUUCCUCAUCCGCAAAGGCAGACAAGUGAGCCCGCUGCUCCCUGGGCCCGCACUCUGUGGCAAUGCCCAUGUCUUCCAGAGACAGGCACCUGCGACCUGGACACCAUCACUUUGGCUCCUGCAGCCCCUUGAGCCAGCUCUGGCCUGGUCCAGAGCCUCAGUCAGUCAAGGGCCUUUACUACCGCAGGGCCCGGAAGGUGGGCACCCUGGACACCUCUCCAGAGGCCGACUUGAAGAAGGAGAUCCUGGUGAACGUGGGUGGCCGGCGGUACCUGCUGCCCUGGAGCACCCUGGAUGCCUUCCCGCUGAGCCGCCUGAGCAGGCUCCGUCUGUGUCGCAGCUAUGAGGAGAUCACACAGCUCUGUGAUGACUAUGAUGAGAACAGCCAGGAGUUCUUCUUUGACAGGAGCCCCAGCGCUUUCGGGGUGAUUGUGAGCUUCCUGGCCGCGGGAAAGCUGGUGCUUCUGCGGGAGAUGUGCGCACUGUCCUUCCGGGAGGAGCUGAGCUACUGGGGCAUCGAGGAAGCCAACCUGGAACGCUGCUGCCUGCGCAAGCUCAUGAAGAAGCUGGAGGAGGUGGCCGAGCUGCGGCGGGAGGAGGCUAUGCAGCGCCAGCAGCAGCAUCAGACCUGCCACUCCGAAGUGCACACUUCACGAUGGGCCCGCAGCAUGAACCAGCUGCGAGAGAUGGUGGAGGACCCACAGUCAGGGCUGCCUGGGAAAGUCUUUGCCUGCCUCUCCAUUCUCUUCGUGGCCACCACGGCUGUCAGUCUGUGUGUGAGCACCAUGCCCGACUUCAGAGCUGAGGAGGACAAGGGAGAAUGCACGAGAAAGUGCUACUACAUCUUCGUGGUGGAGACCAUCUGUGUGGCCUGGUUCUCGCUGGAGUUCUGUCUGCGUUUUGCCCAGGCCCGGAACAAAUGUCAGUUCUUCCGCGGGCCCCUGAAUGUCAUCGACAUUCUGGCCAUCUCUCCAUACUACGUGUCUCUUGUGGUGUCUGAGGAGUCCCCGGAGGCAGGCGAGAGGCUGAGUGGCAGCUCCUACCUGGAGAAAGUGGGGCUGGUCCUGCGUGUUUUGCGGGCGCUCCGCAUCCUCUAUGUGAUGCGCCUGGCCCGCCACUCGCUGGGGCUGCAGACACUGGGCCUCACGGUGCGCCGCUGCGCCCGGGAGUUUGGCCUUCUGCUGCUCUUCCUGGGUGUGGCGGUCACCCUCUUCUCCCCUUUAGUCUACGUGGCUGAGAAUGAGUCCGGAAGGGUCCUAGAGUUCACCAGCAUCCCCGCAUCCUACUGGUGGGCCAUCAUCUCCAUGACCACGGUGGGCUAUGGGGACAUGGUCCCUCGCAGUGUGCCGGGCCAGAUGGUGGCUCUGAGCAGCAUCCUUAGUGGUAUCCUCAUCAUGGCCUUCCCAGCCACAUCCAUCUUUCACACCUUCUCCCAUUCCUACCUGGAGCUGAAGCGGGAGCAGGAGCAGGUCCAGGCCCGCCUCCGGCGUCUUCAGAACACAAACUCGGCCAGCGAAAGGGAGCUUCUGAGCGACGUGGAUGAUCUGGUCCCCGAGGGCCUGGCCUCCCCUGUAUGCUACGUGUAAUGCCCACCAUCUUAGGAAUGUGCAAUAAUAUCAACCCAUCCCAGGGCUGAGACAAGCUCCCGCACCUCUGCUCUCCCGUGGACCAUCUGGGGGUGUGUCCUCAGAAUACUGACUUGCAAAGCAGGAAAGGUGCCAGGCCACGACACCAUUGGUGUGAUCCUGAGCACAUCCCUUGUCCUUCCCCAGAUCCCUGCCAGCCACUGGGCACAGCCCAUCUUGGCAGGCUAGGUCAGUGUCCCUGGAUUCUUUUCCCUUCCUUGCAUACUCUGUGAUAAUCCACCCUGGGUUCUGGAUGCUCAUUGAACUGACCACCACUAGUAGCCAAAUCCAGAGUCUGCAGAUUUCCAUCUUUUCCCCUAGACUCCCUGUCCUGGUCCAUGCUGCCCCUGGGAAUCAGAGAGCUCUGGCACUGAGACCUACUCAAAGCUCCACAUAGCCUGCAAGGCUUCCAAGAGGAUCAUGUGUUCUCUUACUUCCUGCCACCGCCAACCAAAUAAUUUCCAAAUGUGGUGGAAGUACUCACUGUUCUGGAAGCUCUUAGCCAAGCAGGCAGUCCUGGACAUUACAGCAAAUCCUGCCAGGGUCUCAUGGUGGCAAGUCUGCUGUCACCUAUGACAUGCCUGGAGACUUGGGCUGCAGGGCCACCUGCAAGUGCCCAGUUGGCCAGCUGGACUCUUGGUGGACACUCGCUAGUUGUACAGCUCUUAGCCUCGACAAGGAGACUCUAAGAACUGUACAAUGUCCUUUCAGAGAACAACAGCACCAGGAGGGACCUCAGCUUUCCAUGGCCAGCUAAACACCACGGACUGACGUAGCUCCGCAGGACAGCCUCAGGCCUGCCUGGUUCUAGCUCCCUGCAUCUGACCCCCACUGAUGGAGGAUGGGCAUUCCCGGUGGCUGUGUGCGUCCAUGUAUCCACGUGCUCAUCUGUCAGCAGACUCAGCCCUUGGAUCCACAGAGGAGGCAGCUUGCUAGGAACGUGACUUACAGAGACAAACCAGAAAGAAGCCGAGACCUCUGAGCAGCCAGUGCCCCCAAAGUUUCCCAAGACACAGGUCUAACACUGGAGGGGCACUUGGAGGAACAGAGUAGGCUAGGAUAAGGAGGUGAUGGAUCUCAGAGCCUUACAGAAGACAGCACUGUGGCUGUACUGGGGGUGAGGACAAGGACAACGGUCCAAGCUGAAGUGGGAGUGUCAUCCAUCCAGGAAUGACUGGUGGGUUCACCUUCUCCAUGUCACUACGGAUCUGGCACAGCACACCUGGAAGACAUCUCUGUGGCACUUCUCAGGAGUGACAGACACAGCUGCACCAUCAUUCAGUAUUGACUGUAAGGCCAUUGGAGAAAGUAUAGGGGACACAAGUGACAGUGAGAUAGACUGGCCCUUGUGAAUCUGACACGGCUCAUGUGUGGGUACAGGCAAUACUGCAGCCCUGCUCACACAUGCCUGGCUGUUGGUCCUGCCAGUGUUGAGCUGAGCCUACUGUGUGCCAGGCUCACACUUUCCCCUGACUGCAGCACAUAGCCGAUGACUGCCCAGAGAAACCCCAACAUCUAACCUAAAGUGCAUCUUGCCCAUGUGGGAACUCUCACAUUCUCUGACUCCCCCCAACAGAUGCACACACACACACACACACACACACACACACACACACACACACACACACACAUCUCCAUCUCUCUAGACCUCAAGGUCCGGAGAGCACCCUUAGUUCUUACCAAGCUCACAUGUCUCAAGCAAGCCUUUUGUAUCACACUAGGAGAGCUGAUGCCUUGAGGAGGCCCAAGGCGUGCUGCUCUGCUCCAGGAUUCAGUUAGCAGAGUCCUUGGGGUACCUGGAUGUAUUCUGGGAGCAUGUCAAAAGUAACUAUAUUAAUCUUUUAUGCCAGGUUAGUUUUUGUUUGUUUUGAGACAGGAUCUCACAGUGUAGUCCAGGCUAUCUUUGAACUUGUAAUCCUCCUGGCUCAGCCUUCUGGCUCCCAAGCUGACAUUUUUAUAGCUGUUAUUAGGCAAAACACUAAACAGUCAGUUUUUCCUUUAUGCUCUUAAGAGAAGACAGCAUGGGUACCAUCUGAGGCCUGGGGGGUUUCACACUGUCUAUGACUGUGGGCAGGUCCCUUUGCCCCCUUGUAAACUGCUGUGGGCCAGAUCUGUGGUUCUCUAGCUGACGUUCCACAGAACACUCUUGGGGGCUGGAAGACCAGCCAAAUGGGCAGAGGGCCCAAUGGCUGACGAUGAGCGCACACUCACAACAGCUAAAAGAAUACAAAAAUGUCUAAACAGCUCCUCUCCUCCAGGGCAGGGUUAUCCGCAAAUCACAGUUCUGAGGUGUUGCGCUCACGCUGGAACCAGAGAAGAAGCCACUGGGGACCUGGUCCCUUCUCAGAUCUGCAUCUAUCCCUCUCCUCUGACUGAGGCCUCAUCUGCAUCACAUGCUUGGUACGAUGCUUCCCAGCAGCGUGUCUGGCUCUCACCAGGCAUCCCCACAGUUCUCUGUGCCACCCAAAUGUACCAGAGCAAAAAGAAAAGUCAAAAGUCAGCAUUAGCUGAACCCAUCAAAGACACUGAGUAUCUCUAUCAUCUGCACACAUACACCCAGUUAAAACUCUCACUAAAUAAGACUUGGAAAAUUAGAAGGGAUGGCUUCCAUUUUUUUGUUUUUGUUUUUUUCCUCCUGGGUAACGUCCUGGGGGAUGGGUCCAAGUCAUCCAGGUCUGGCUUUGCAUCUCUUUUGAUGUGAUUGGAUGGGUGGAGCAACAAGCAUGUUGCUAGGUUGUGUUUUCAUCCCCAUUGGUUGACAGGAGCCUAGUGAUCUGCAGCUGCUGUGGCUGUAGCCAAAGGGGACCCCUGACUUUGAGCCACCUUCAGGCUGUCAUAGGUGUGGCUCCCAGAGGGAGGAACAGUGUUGAUUGAAGGUCUUUCUAGCCACUCAGGGUUGAACCCAGCAGGAGAAAGAUGAGUUAGUUCUUCAAUGAAAGGGACUCAAGGAGGAUCCUGACUUGGGACUGUGCCAAGACCAAGGGCUACUUCCAGAGCUUCUAGGGCUGCACCAUGGCAGUCCCAUCAAAAGAUGACCAGUGUGUGCCUGAAGGGCAAAUGUGCCUCUGGAUGAAAAUGCACUUCAGAGGGUAGAGUGUCGCUGAUUUCAUUUGUUUCUCAAAGGAAGACUCUCCAAACACGGUAAGGAGCUCUAAUAUCAAUCAACGCUCUCUUGGAAGAUGGGCCAAGGUUCAGAGAGGGAAAACCACCUGCCUAAGGCCACACAGCUGGCUCAUCUUAUAUUCAAGAAUCUUGACUCCUAGCAGAGCCUUUUCUAGUCCAUUCUGCCUCCACCCUGGGCUCGUGGGAAGCAGGGCCUGGGCCUCGGAGAAUGUGCUUGAGAAGAAAAGAAAGCAGCAGUUUGCCACACUGUCCUGAGCUGAGGGGCAGAGAUACUGCGGAGUGUCCUGGGCAGAUUGUACAACAUGAGACAUGAAAAUGGACCUGCCGGACCUGCUCUUCCUCACAUAUCCCAUGGAGAUCCUGCAGGAGGCCACUAGUCCUUCCCAGCAUGAGCAACUGGGCUUCUAGGAACUCACUGCAACCGCUUCUAACCUGGAGGUGAACUGGGAAGGCCACACAGAAAGGGACCCUCCAGCAUUCAGUCUGUGGACGGUUCACCAUCUCCCAAACCUGGCAGCUCAUUCCAGAUUCACCUGCCUGCAAAGAUCCUUUCCUGACACCAGAUUUCCAUCACUCAGGUACCACACCACACCCUUUCCCUUGGUGCACUGUAUGGCCCACUGUGGACACUCUCCACAUCUCCCAGUCCUCAUAGACACAUGUGACAGGGGACACUUUCUGGGUGGUCACUGGUACCCAGCCUGUGGGUUUGUAAUGAUUUGUGUGGAGAAUAUGUCAGAUGCUGUGAGUCCCAGCAUAUCUCCCCACCCCAGAAGAAAGAGGAAGAGGGUUACUGUCAAUGAGGGGCAGUUCCUUUCUUUGGGAGGUGAUCCCAGGACACACUAUGGAGAGAAGAGACGGAGGAAGGGGAGGAAGGGCCCAGGGAGAGCUGGCCUGGCCCAAAGAUUGAAAUACAGCAGUAACAUUAGACCUGCCUACUGCUUGGCUGGACACACUGAAGGGCCUCUGUGAAGAGAACAUAUCCUUCGUGGAGGUAAAUGAGUCCCCAAGACUCAGCAUCCCCAAACCUGGGAAGCUUCACAGAUUCUAAAGUGGGACCUUAAUGGUCUCAGGGUCCUGCUUUUGUCUUUACAAGUGUGGACAGGAAGGACCAAGGAGGGGGUGUGACUUAGGAGACACACCCCCAGGUCGGGCCCAGCCAGGCUCAGCCCAGCCUCUGGACCGCCAUCUCUAGAGCUUCCAGCCCUGGGCGGCCUGGUCUCUGCCCAGUGCCUGUCUUUACCUGCUUUGACAUCUAGCCAAGGGGCACCUCCCAAAAUACAAUGUCGGUUAAAAAUAAAACAAAAGGCACCAGCCCUUCCCUGCAGCAGCCUGCUUCCGAGGACACAUAGGGAACUCAGAGCCACCACUUUGGGACCUGCUGUAAGGAGGACACAGCCAAGGGGGCACAGGCACCAUGUGACACAACUCGGGACAGUGUGGGCCCUGAGCUAAAUAUAGCCUCCAUUGUAUUCGCAGUGACCUGCCAAAUGUCGACCCCUGUGGAGCCCAAGGUGCCACCUGCACUUUCUGGGUGAGCUUUUGGGACCCUGCACACUUCUGAAUUAAACGUUAAAUGACAUUACAAAGAGGUA